AUGAGCUCAAUACUUGCACCUGUUCUUCUUGUACUGAAUUUAUUAGUGUUGGCAUCUAAUGCAUCAGCUUUUCAUCGCCUCCAGAUGGAUCAACGUUCCUACCAAUUAGAACCUGAAAGAACACUUUAUUUGGAUGAUUCAAGAGCCGGUUAUUUAAUGGAAAGGAACGGUCGUGCACUAAUGGAGCCCAAGGAUGAAACUUUAUACAAAAUAAAAAAUGUUGCCGAUCUCCCAAUGUUCCGAUUUGGUUGA